CCUACCAUCUCUAUACCUUCUUAAACUCUUUCUUAAACACAAAUCCAUCUCAGCCGUUAAAACCAACGACAAGAAAUAUGAUGAAGUUUAAGUCUAAAAAGUUGUGCAGAGGCAGCUUCAAGUUUGGCAUUCGAGGAAAUAACGUCAAAGGUGGUGAUCAAAAGGGUGUUGCGAACUGCAGCAACAACAACAGUGAAAUCAAAUGGGAACUUAGGCCCGGUGGGAUGCUCGUUCAAAGGAGAGACACCGGUUCGAGUGCCGGCGGAGAAGGGACCAUCGUCGUUAGAGUCUCGACCGUCUCUCAAUGGCAGAAUACCUCCAUCGAACCAACUUCCACUUUCGGGGAGUUGAAGAUGAUAUUGUCAUUGGUGACAAGUAUGGAGCCAAGAGAGCAGAGGGUGUUAUUCAAAGGGAAAGAAAGGGAAGACGGUGAAUACUUGCACAUGGUUGGUGUGGGAGACAAAGACAAAGUGGUUUUACUUUUACUACAAGAUCCAGCCAUUCAAGAGAUGAAGAAGCUUCGUAGAUUGACAUCAACAAUCCCUACUGCUUAUCGCACCAUUAGUGUAUGAUAUUAUUAUAAACUACAUUAUUAAUGCUGACUUGUAUGCACUCACCACACACCAAAAGUGUUAAAAUAUGGUGAAGUGUUAUUAUAUAUUUCAGUUUGAUUAGGUUAGGGACUUGGUUGUAUCCAAACUACAUAGUUUAAUUUCAAUGCCCAUGCAUGUCCACCUCAUUUUC